AUGGCCGGAGAUAAGACAGGAUUCAAUGAUCCAAUUCAUGACUACAUGGAAUUUGAUCCUCUGUUGGUCGUCAUCAUUCACACUCCGUGUUUCCAAAGAAUGAAAGACAUCAAGCAGCUGGGAGCUUCGUACUGGAUAUUCCCUGGUGCUUCGCACAAUCGUUUUGAACACUCUCUUGGCACUGCGCACCUCGCUGGGAUGAUGAUUGAAAGAUUGAAAGAUGUUCACAAAGAUACACAUUAUAUCACCGAUGAGGACGUCUUGUGUGUCAAAAUUGCUGCUCUCUGCCAUGUACGUAUCUAUCUAUUAAAUUUUGCCAUUUAUUCUGCUCAUAUAUUUAAGUAGCUAGAAGCAUGAACAUUCAAAUGAUAGUGUUUGAUAAGUGCGAAACAGCAUUAAGUUUUCCUUCCUAUUAAAACGUUCUGUUAUAGUUUUCCUAUAUUUCACAGGAUUUGGGCCAUGGUCCAUUUUCUCAUGUGUUUGAUACACGAAUGAAAACGAAAUUGAUCGAGUACCAUAAAAGUCAAAUAGAUACAUUGUCGAAGGAGCUAUGCGAAGAUGAUAAUAAGAAUGAACGCAAAGUCUACCACGGUGAACAAGCAAAGAAAUUGAAAAACUGGAAGCAUGAAGAUGCAUCUUGUGACAUGUUUGAUUACAUGUUGGAGAACACCGAAGGAUUAAAAAAUGCUUUUGAGAAGAGACAUCUUGAUGAGAAUAAGCGAAGUCUUAUCAAAGAUCUCAUAAAAGGUAAAGAUCCCGCUAAAGAUAAGAUCAUGGAGAUCCCUACUGUAGAUGGCAAAUCGAAAUGGUUUCUGUUCGAAAUAGUUGCCAACAAAAUAUACGAAGUUGAUUGUGAUAAGUUCGAUUAUUUUGCCCGUGAUUGUCACAACCUGGGAAUGAAGAGCAAUUUCGAUCAUCUUCGCUAA